GGUGAUAUAGGAUCACCGAUAGUGACUCGCAUUUUCGUUGGUCGUGUCCAAGAAAAAACUACUGUUGAUACUCUUCGCAAAUUUUUCAAUGCCGAAGCUGCUAAAAUUGAUCCAAAUGCUUUUGUUACGGAUGUUUUCAUCCCGCGUCCAUUUCGGUCGUUUGCAUUUGUGAAUUUUUCAACUGCUGCAGUUGCUAAGGAACUCAUGAGGCAAGGGGAUUUUAUUAUUGAUGGAUCGUCAGUAGCAGUAAGUGCUGCAGCGCCAAGAGAAUCAGAUUUUUCUCCACGAUACGGACAAAAUGCCUCUUUUGGGUUUCCGGGCCAAGGACGUCAUCCACGUAGAUUUUCCGACAAAUAUGGAUAUUCAGAAACGGCUUAUCCGUACGAUUCUGUGGUGCCACGCUCAAUCGAUAAUUGGCGUGGUAAUACGUAUCGUUCAUCGGAUUCGCGAGCAUCAAAUCGUUUCUCACCUGGCUACUCCAAUUCCCCUCGAUAUUCAGCUCCUGCGCGUUCAGGUACAAGCCAGGCAUUGGCUUCUGGACUAGAUGCUUUGAACUUGAACAAGAUGAAUGUAAACCCAGACAUGAUGGAUGCUGCAUGGCAAGCUUUUUGGAGUACUUUGAGUAACAAUAGUAAUAAUUCUGGAACUGGUACACCUGCCACCAAUUCUAAUGCGAAAUGGUAA